AUGACGUCCACUUUUCGCAGGUUGAAGACUGGGGUUCCGGUGUACAAGAAAGGCGAGCCUUGCAGCAGCUGCGGCGACGGUUACAAAUGCAAUGAAAUGAAAUUAUGCGCAAAGGAUAGCGGCGAUAGCUCGUCCACUGGCGAGUCGAAAGCAGAAGAAGGCGGCUUCUCCUUCCUGGCCAUCGUAGGCAUCCUCGGCGCGCUGGUGGCUGUUGGGGGGGUCAUCGCUGGCGUCGUCCACAUGAAAAAGAUGCAUGGCGGGGCCGCCCCCGCUGGAGACGCCCCCGUCGCCCCCCCUGGCGGUGCUGAGGAGGGGGGCUCUCACGAGGCCGCAGCCGGGGACGCCGCCGGUGCCGACGGGCAGAAGGGCGAGGCAGGCGCCGAGGGCGAGAAAGCGGGGGAGGCUCAGGACGCUCCUGCAGCCAGCCAAGAUGCACUCACCAAAAAGUGACCUGCCUCGCGUGCGGCGAUCUCUUUGGCCGCCUCGCGUGUCGUGGGACACGCAAGCGAGGAGAGUU